AUGGAGCUCGUCCUCUACGCAACGUGCAUCCUUUUUGCCGUCUCCUCUCUGUACGUCAUCCGCCACUUCGCCGGCGCCCGCCGCAACCUGCCGCCGGGUCCCCCAUCAUGGCCUCUCAUCGGAAACCUACUCGACCUCGGCGCCCAGCCGCACCGCUCCCUCGCGCGCCUCGCGGAGCGCCACGGCCCGCUCAUGACGCUCCGCCUCGGCGCCCUCACCACCGUCAUCGCCUCGUCCGCGGACACCGCCCGCGACGUCCUCCAGCGCCACGACGCCGCCUUCUCCGCGCGCUCCGUGUCCGACGCCGCCCGCGCGUGCGCCUACGACAGCCUCUCCAUGGGCUGGCUCCCGCCCAGCAGCCCCCACUGGCGCGCCCUCCGCAAGCUCUGCUCGGGGGAGCUCUUCGCGCCGCACCGCCUCGACGCGCACCAGUCCAUCCGCCGCGAGAAGGUGCAGCAGCUCGUGUCCCACGUCGCUCGGCUGUCGCGAGAGGGCGCCGCCGUGGACGUCAGCCGCGUCGUGUUCACCACCGCGCUCAACCUGCUCUCCUGCACCAUAUUCUCAGCCGACAUCGCCGACCUCGACGACAGAGAAGGGACGGGGCAGUUCAGGGCCGUGAUCGCAAGCUUCACGGAAGUCGCCGGGCUGCCCAACCUGUCGGACUUCUUCCCAGCGGUCGCGCCGCUCGACCCGCAACGGCUGAGGAAGCGCCUCGCCGCGGUGUUAAAGCGGCUGCAUGCCAUAUUCGACGAGCAGAUCGAGAGGCGCAUGCGGGAGCGCACCGCCGGCGAGCCGCCCAAGGAUGACUUCCUCGACGUGCUGCUGGACUACCGCGGCCUGGAAAAUGGCCGGGGACUCGACCGGGAAAUGCUGCGCGCAUUACUUUCGGAUUUGUUUAUAGCUGGAAGCGAUACAAGCGCAACAACCUUCGAGUGGGCAAUGGCUGAGUUGCUACAAAACCCAUCAGCCAUGGCGAAAGCUCGUGAAGAACUCGCGCAGGUCAUUGGCUCCAAAUCAGAAAUCGAGGAAUCGGACAUUGGCCAGCUCGAGUACAUCCAGGCCAUUGUGAAAGAGGUGUUCCGCCUGCACCCUGUUGCUCCAUUCCUUAUACCCCGCCAAGCCGAAGCGACCACGGAGUUAAGAGGUUACACAGUGCCCAAGGGCGCGCGCGUGAUGGUGAACGUCUGGGCGAUUGGCCGAGACAGCGAGUUGUGGUCCGAACCAGAGAGGUUCAUACCGGAGAGGUUCUUGGGGAAAGACAUGGAUUACCGAGGUCGACACUUUGAGCUCCUUCCGUUUGGUUCUGGCCGACGGAUCUGCCCGGGGAUGCCGCUGGCUGUGCGCAUGGUGCAUCUAAUGCUUGCGACACUGCUGUACCGGUUUGAGUGGAGGCUUCCAAGAGAAGUGGAGGGAAAUGGGGUGGACAUGAGGGAGAAGUUUGGGAUUGUGCUAGCAUUGGCCACCCCUCUCCAGGCCAUAGCUGAACCAAUGUAACUCAAACGGUGCUAUUUCUGUUGGCAUUCCGGUACUUUGAAUUCCAUGGAGCAUGGAGUCCCUGCACUAAGAGAAUCGAGAACCAACACAUUCAACCAAUCCACUACUUCCUUUCUCUUGUUGGCACAUUAGAAUAACUAUGAUAUCUCAAUUAGUGCAGGUUGCUAGACAAUAAUUUCAAUCUUAA